AUGCUAAACCGUUGCGUUGGUUUGAGAGAACCGAUUUGUGAUAGUAACGGUCGUUGGCACAGAAAUAAAUGUACAUUUUUGUGGGCUCGCUGUAUGGCAGCGCGAGAGGGACAACGUUUAUCUAUAAGUGACGGUCAGUUAUGCAUGAAACGUAGUCUUAUACGUGGAAAUGAAAAUGGUACUAAUUUUGCAGCAUCUUUUAUGAAUUCUCACGCUUCUCGUCACUGUCAUCGUCAAUGUUCGGAUGAUUUAAUAUACGAGCCAGUUUGUGCAACGACAUUUGUUACAUAUUCUAACCGAUGCUUAUUCCAGAAUGCAAAAUGCCGUGAUAAAAGAGAAUGUAAAGAAUGCAUGGCUUUUAAAUGUGAUCAAGCAGAAGAGGAAAAUGAAUUAGAUUCUAAUUUUUUAUGCGAUCAAGCUGGACAAACGAAACGAAAAUGCGAAUUUGAAAUGUUGCGAUGCAUAUAUGAAAGAAAAUUUGGCUUUAAUAUCACUCCCGCAUACGAGGGCCGAUGUUGUCCGUCUGAAGAUACAUGUCUGUUAGAUCGUAAAAAUGCGCAGCCUGUUUGUGAUUCACGUAACCUAUACCAAUGCAGAACAAAAAAAAUUGCGCAUCUCAAAGUUACAUUACAAAAUGAAAAUGGUAGCUGCGCAAUCACACAUUCUAAAAUUGAUCAGUAUUUUCCAGAAGGAAUGGAAUGCGAUUCUGGUUUUGAAUGUGAUUCAGGGUACGAUCCUGUUUGUGGUACUGACGGCUUAACUUAUAUUAACAGAUGUCGUAUUGAUAAAGCCAAAUGCUACAACAAGUCUUUGUCUGUCGCAUACAGCGGGGAAUGCUGUGUAUUUCAGUGCGAAAAGCAUUACGCUCCAGUUUGCGACAAUCGUAACAUUACUCAUGACAAUUUGUGCGUGUUCAGCGUGCAGAAUUGUUUGGCAACACGACGCGGGAGUGAACCACUGCAUGUUCGAACCUUUACAGCUUGUCGUGAGAAAAAAUGUGACAGCUUAAGCUGCGAUUUGAACAAUUAUGAACCCGUUUGUGCUUCAAAUGGUUUCUUGAAUAUUUAG